AUGGAUGAGCCUGGAGAAGAAGAGAUGGUUGAAAAAAAACAAAAACCAAAGGGUUUUAAAAUAAUUUAUAAACAGACACCUGAGGAGCUGUUAGCUGCCAAGGCAAAGAAGGCGGCUGAGAAGGAAGCCAAAGCUAAGAAACCGAAGCCCCACCAAAAAAAACCCAACCCCAAAACCAACAAAAAGAAACCCAAGCCCCCCAAGCCCACCAAGAAACCCAAGCCUCCAAAACCCACCAAAAAGCCGAAAGCACCGAAGCCCACCACAACAACAACGACUAGAGCAACUAAACCAACCAGAAAGCCAACCAUGGAGGAAGAGGAGGAGAAACUGCUGCUGGAGCUGGGAUGGGACACGUAUGAAGUUCCAGAACCGGACCUCAUCCCUAAAGUCAAGAAGCCCGCUAGCACUGAUGACCCAAGUAUUUACUUACCAAUCCCAGAGGAAUCCACUACCACUCCUCGAACAGUUGCCCCUUGGUAUGAGGAAUAUGAUUAUUCUGACUUGGCGGCAAAGAAGCUGGAGGAAGAGCAAGAGAAAGCAAGAAAGGCCAAAGAGGAGAAGGCGGAAAAACUACGGAAGAUGUGGGAAGAGGAGGAGGAAAAGAGAAAAGCAGACGGUUCCUUACGCCGAGCCAAAGAUGUCCCUCCGCUUGGCAUGGAGUCUCAUCGAGUGGAGGAUGAUCAGAUACUGGCAUCUUCUGCGUCUCAUCAUGGAUAUUCGGCUCUGAGAGGACGUCUGAACAUGCAGAGUUCAGCUGAUGAGGACGAUGUUUACGGCGGUGCGUGGUGUGCUGAUACAGAGGAGAAGGAGCACUGGUUUCAGGUGAACGCCCGUCGAGAGGUUGAGUUCACCGGCGUCAUCACGCAGGGCAGGAGCUCGGAUACACAUGAUGACUUUGUGUCAUCAUAUUUUGUGGCCUUCAGUAACGACAGUCGUGAUUGGACGGUGCUUCAUGAUGGUUAUGCUGAGUGGCUCUUUUAUGGGAAUGUGGAUAAAGACACACCAGUAAUGACAGAGUUCUCUUAUCCAGUUGUGGCGCGUUACAUCCGUAUCCUCCCGCAGAGCUGGAACGGGAGCCUGUGUAUGAGGCUUGAGGUGCUCGGCUGCCCGUUACCCACUAGUUAUCCAACCGAGAACGAUGUUCCACCGACAGAUGAUCUCGAUUACAGGCAUCACAACUACAAAGAGAUGAGACAGAUGAUGAAGGUGAUCAAUGAAGAAUGUCCCAACAUCACCAGAAUAUACAACAUUGGAAAAAGCUCUCAAGGGCUGAAGAUGUACGCAAUGGAGAUCUCAGACAACCCUGGAGAACAUGAGACAGGUGAGCCGGAAUUUCGUUACACAGCAGGGCUUCAUGGGAACGAAGUUCUGGGCAGGGAACUUUUGCUGCUCCUGAUGCAGUUCCUCUGUAAGGAAUACAAUGAUGACAAUCCACGAGUGCACCGCCUUGUGGAGAGCGUACGCAUCCAUCUAGUGCCCUCGCUGAACCCUGAUGCAUAUGAGCUGGCCUAUGAGAUGGGCUCUGAGAUGGGGAACUGGGCUUUGGGCCACUGGACAGAGGAGGGAUACGAUAUUUUCCAGAACUUCCCAGACCUGAACAGUAUUCUGUGGGGUGCGGAGGACAGGGGAUGGGUGCCACGGGUUGUUCCCAAUCACCACAUUCCCAUUCCUGAGAAUUUUCUUAAUGGCUCUGUCGCUGUUGAAACUAAAGCAAUCAUCAGUUGGAUGGAGAGGACGCCGUUUGUUUUGGGGGCUAAUCUUCAGGGUGGAGAGAAGCUCGCCACGUAUCCCUUCGACAUGCAGCGUCCACCGCGGGCCACGGACGGCAGAGGAGGUCAGUCGGUGCACGAGUACCAGCACAUGAACGAAGAGACCUGGGCCAGGAUUCAGCGACAGAAUGAGGGCGCUCUCCGCGAAACGGCGGAUGAAAACCUGUUCCGCUGGCUCGCCAUGACGUACGCACACAGUCACCUGACCAUGACUGAAAACCAGCGUGGCUCCUGUCACACCGAUGACGUCACGGGAGGCCAGGGCAUCAUCAACCGGGCCAGCUGGAAGCCAGUUGUGGGCAGCAUAAAUGACUUCAGCUACCUGCACACCAACUGCUUUGAGAUUUCCGUCUUUCUUGGGUGCGAUAAGUUUCCGCAUGAGAGCGAACUGGCGUCGGAGUGGGAAAACAACCGAGAGGCUCUGCUGGCUUUCAUUGAGCAGGUGCAUCGAGGCAUUAAAGGAGUUGUGAAAGACGUCAGUGGGAAUCCUCUAGCAAAUGCCACGGUGUCAGUGGAGGGAAUCAAACAUGACGUCAAAACAGCUGCCACUGGUGAUUACUGGCGGCUUCUCAACCCCGGCGAGUAUCGUGUUACUGCAAGAGCCGACGGUUAUACUUCCCAGACUCGUCUUUGCAUUGUGGGAUAUGAUGCUAAUGCGACACCUUGCAGCUUCACUAUGACCAAAUCCAACUGGGCUCGAAUUCAACAAAUCAUGGCCCAGCGCAAGAAGAAGCCAAAACUGGUUACCAGCACCCCCGUAAACACCAACAACCGCGUCAACGUGGAGAGCACAGGGGCCGCCUCGGGCCCCCAGAACGAACGUCUGCGCCGUCUGCGACUGUUUCGCAUGCGGAAGCUGCGAAUGGAGAGGAUGAAAGCCAGCACGACCACAGAGAUGACCACAACAACGAUUCCGACAACCACACUUCCACCCACCACAACAGCAACCUCAACUACAGACAGCUGGUUUGACCACUGGUUUGAUCAGGACACCGCACCCACUCAGGAUUAUAACUUUGAGUACAGAAUAGAUGAAGAUUAGAGAAGGAUUGUAUGGAAAUGUGUGAAAUAUUCCCCUCUUUAAGCUUAAAGCGUCCAGGCUCUUACAUUACAGAUCACGCUCUCUGUGGAACACAGUUGAAAAGACAGAAAUAUCAUUCUUAUUUAAUUCAGGGGGUCUUAUGUGGAUAAUCACGAGAAUGAGGCAUUGCUAUUGAAUGAUGGCAAAAAAAUGUGUUAUUUCUGAGCUGUCCUCAAAUAACAUGCUUGUUUGUGUACACGAAUAUUAUAAUGUGCACAUGUUUUCUAAUAAAAAGUCUCAAUAUCA